AUGCCGUCCACGCCCGCUCCCGCCCCUAAUGACGCCGCCGCCGCCGCUGUGCCGGACGACGGCCUGGUCUUCCUGCCGCAGGCCUCGCCGGCGCUCGAGCUGCUGUGCGUGGCGCUGUACCUGACGCUGGCGCUCGUGGCCGCCUGCCGCGCGCUGUCGCUGAGCGCGCGCGCCUCGGCCUUCCAGCGCAGCACGUUCCAGCGGCUCAUGGUGGCCUUCGCGCUGGCGCGCGGCGCGUCCUUCGUGGCGCAGGGCGUGCCGCGCAACCUGCUGAACCGCGCGGCGCUGUGCCUGUUCUUCAGCCUCGUGCUGUUCCAGACGCUCUUCUGGAUCGACAUCGCCAACCCCAAGGUCUCGCGCCGCUCGCGCCGCAUCUGGGUGGCCUUCAUCGUGGCCAACGGCGCCUUCUACGCCGCCGUGCUGGGGCUCUCGCUGCUGCACGAGGCCAAGGUGGCCGAGGCCCAGCACGCGCGCGCGCGGCUCGACCUCUCCGCGCUCUGGACGGGCGUGCUACCCGUGCUCUUCGUGGCCGCCGGCAGCUUCGUCAGCUCGCUCGGGCUGCUCUACUCGACGUGGCAGAUGUGCCAGCGCGUGGAGCGCGUGCUGCGGCCCUCGGGCGACGGCCUGCGCCGCCGCCUGGACGAGAAGGUGGAGAAGAAGCUCACGCGCGCGCUGCGCUUCACGAUCCUCGUCAUGGGCGCGUGCUCGGCGCUCUUCCUGCUGCGCACCAUCAUCUACAUCCAGCGGCCCUUCUCGCACCAGGGCUGCGGCGACAUCCACAGCGCCGACGUGUGCGUCGUGGUGGGCUACGCCAUCCCGGAGAUCGUGCCGUGCGUGCUGUUCCUCGUGCUCAUGUGGGAGGUCGAGCCCACGCUCGAGAUCCCGUCGCGCCGCAGCCUCAGCUACAACGGCGGCCGCGUCACGUCCGAGUCCACGCCGCUGCUGGACCACGAAGUGCUGCCACGCCCGCUGUUGGUGGCGGCCAAGAAGUUCGCGGACGGCAUCGGAGCUGCCUCGAGCCACGCAGUCACGCAGCCCAACUCGCCACCGGGCGGCUACUUGACGCUAGGCCGUCGUCCGAGUCCGCUCUCGCUGGGUCUGGGCAACGGCGUGCUGGACCGCGCCAAGCGGCGACUAGCGCUCGUGGUUCGACAGCAUUUAGGUGGUGGACACAAGGAGCAGCAGCCGAUGGACAGACAGGCAACGCAGCUGACUGUUUCGGACGGAUCAUGGGGCUACCACUCGAAAUGGCCCGCGCAGGCUGCUUCGACAGUGCCGUGCGCGUGGCUGUCGUUCCAGUGCUUCAACCUGACGCUGCCGUCCAAGUCGUCCGUGAGGUCCUCGUCGUUCGUUGUGCUGCAUUUGAUGAACGCGGAGACAGGAGCGGUGAUGGCUGAGGUUGGCCGCACCGAGGUCUCGCACUCGGAGGACCCGUGCUUCCACAUGAUGCUGGCCGUUGAAAUGCGCGAACACGAUCUGCUACGCGCGUCGGUGUACUCGGUCCGCAACCCGAACUCGCUGGACGAUCUUGACAGCCAGUGGCUCGUGGGCGACCCGCUCGUCCCGUUGUCGUCGUUUAUGACAGGUUCAGCUCCAGCAAUCGGACGCGCAUCCAUCUUCUCGUUGUAUUCCCCGUUGUCUCGAACGCAGUCUUCUGGAGAAAUUGUUAUUCGUUGUGAGGCGGAGGUGAAGGGGCUACAUGCUGGAAUGUCCACCGACGGGCUGGAACGUAUUACACGAUCAUUCAUGUAUAUUGGAAUCAAGAACACAGGCGCCGAGGAUGCCUCAACAACUCCCGAUGAUUCGGGAUACUCCGAGAUAGCUCAGCAAAUGAUUCACCUUGCGUCAACCUCCCAACGCUCACAAGGCAAGAUGCUGGUGGAAGAAGAGCUGAUCGAGAGUGUGUACACGUGGGAAGUCCCGUACCAAUUGCUGCAGUUGAUCCUGUCGGAUUUACUGGUGAAGCUCGAUAUACUCAAACGCGAGAUUGCGCUCGACGAUGGCGAUGAUAGUUCAUCGUCAACCCCUUCAAGUCAACUAUCGACUCCUAGCGUCGGUGGUUAUUCACUCCCCUCGGUGAUCCCCGCCUCACCAAGGGCCCUUGGCACCAACCGCAUUAGACCGGCAACCAGCAUCGGUAUGCUCUCCGAGAUGAUCAUCCAGAUUCAAGACGAUGUUAUUGAACGUAAGAAGCGAAAGUGGCGCUUGGAUCUGGUCAAGACAAUGGAGCAGUACAUUUCCGAAGUGGAAGACUCGAUUUUGCGGUACGGAGCCACCCAGCACGCGGGGCUCACGUUCAAGCCCAGCACGAUGAAAGCAGACGCCGAUCUUCGCUUCCUGGCGCUUAACCUCCAUCAGCAGCUGAUGACGGUCGGCAAUGCAGCUCCCACGUCGGAAAACGACGUCCGGUAUGGCGACGAGACAAGUGCUGCGCGCUACGCUCGCCUCGUGAACUCGUUCGUUGGCGCGCUCAUGUCUUCGCCAUUGCACGUGUCGGGAGAAUCCAGCGUGAAUGGACGACAGACCGAUCUCGAUUCCGUGCAGUUUAUCGACGACGAUAUCAAUGACGAAGAUGAAGUCGCUUCAUCUCCGCCUCCCGGUGAAUUGCCGCUGGAACCUGUCGAGGCGCUACGUCGGCGCGUGAUUUCGUUUGAUUCUGCCGAGACGAUUGUCAACAAGGGAGCUGCUGGCCAGGAUGUGGCUGUUCCAUCGGAGCAGCGGAAGCUGGCAGAAACUCUCGUGGCGAUGGGGAUCACCGAGGAGGAGUUCCAGAGCAUCUACGGACUGGACGAUAACCUGAGGAAAGCAUCAAUGUCGAUUGAUACGAACGCUAGAUCCCGCCCUCCCUUUUACAAACACAGGAUGUACGGUACAACCACAGUUGGAGCCUUUGCGGCGCACGUGUACGGGUUCAAGAGUGGCGGGGUGCGGCAGAUGCGUGAAGAGCUGGAGAGGCUUCAUGCGCGCUUAGUGAAGGAAGCCCAGGCGAGCUCGGACCUUACGAUGGACGCGUUGGAACGCAAGUACAACGAGCUCAAGUGGGACGUAGAGCGCCGCCUUGAAGUCGCAUUUUGCCAGGCGAUGAGUGCGCUGGUCACGUGCUUCCAGCAGACGCUGUACGUGCACACGCACGACCACCGGGACUUUGGGCCUUACCCUCUAAAAGCUUGCGGCAUCGACUACCUGGAGAUGCUCACGAGGGUUGGCUUCCUGUUUUCGGUUGAAAGUCUUUUAUCUACGUAUGGCAACGAGCUUGGAAUGCUUGGCGAUACGGAGGCAGCAGUCAAGGAGCUUGGGAGGGUUCACAUCAAGCUGAGGCCUGUGAAGUCCCCGCGCGCUGCUGCUUUCCGCGUCUCCAUCACGUCUGGCCCCUCGGGUAUCGUCAUCGAGCUUCCUAUCAUCACGCGUCGCGCCAGCGAGUUUCCGGAUCGAAGUAUGCACCGCGUCCCGGGCCAGGACGCAGUUUCAGGCGCCAUUUACUUGUCUCUAUCGACGCCGGAGCAGAAGAUGCGGGCCAAGUUUCUAUUCCAGAAGCCCAUCCGAGUGGUGCCGGUGAUCUUCUCGCAGGGACUGAACGAGAUGCAGACGGUCGCGAACACCGUGGGCAAGGCUUCUCUCCAGAAGGAGAUCAAUAUGGAGUACGUCGUCCAGCUGGAAGCCUACGUCAACAAGUUCGCCGACUGGUGCCUCAAGAAGCAGCGUCGCGACAAGGCCCCCGCUCCGAUUUACGAUGCCGAGGACCUCGACCGCAUCCAGGCCUCCCUCACGGCGCUCACGGUAAGCAUCCAGCUCUCGGGCCGGUCCAAGCGGAUGUCGAUUCUGAGCCUGUCGUCAUCCAUUGCGCGCUGCGUUGGCGGCGGGCGUGUGACAAUGUGCAAAUCGGCCAAGGACCGGACUUCCAUGUCAAUCACCCUCGAGGAAGCCAACUUGCUGGUGCGUUCGCAUGGACUGGUGGCCGACGACAUGGGGGCCUUCACCAAGCUACUCCGCACGUACGGCGUUCGACGCGAAAACGCUCGCAAGAACAUUGGCAAGGCGCAGUACUGCUUCAGCGCGCUGCAGAACUACAUGCUGCCGCAGGACUACCAGUGCCCGCCUGGUACAGGGGGCGGAAGUCGCGCGUAUUCGUAG